ACAUCGUGGUCUCGCAGAAAGAAGUAGUUUCCAUCUCACUGCUCACCUCGGUCUGGUCGAUACAUAGGCCAGUGGGCCAGAUCACCUGUAGUCUCCCUGUCACAGGUGAAGUGCGUGGAAUUAGGCGAGACCGAGGUGACAACAGGAGUGGUGGCACAUCAGCCAUGAGUGUGGGGGCAACAACCUGCACUCUGGCCCUCGCUCUUCCCCGCCUGCGGACAGGCCCACCUGACAAGCGGACUUAGCAACGCCGUGCCAAAAUAGAGGUGUGCAUGUACAAGGGCGGCGCUCCUACACAGCCAAGUCGCGCCCAUGCCCGCCAGGACAGACCUCUCUCUGCUCAGCUGGAAUUUUGACGAAUUUUGAGAGUUUGGCGAGUGUUGACGAACGCUCGGUGCGAACUCUUGUGCACGGGUGCCCUCAGAUAUUACAAGUUAAAAUACCACGCUCGUAGUGAUAAAAUUGAUAGUGAGUGUGCGUGUGUUUUGCACUCUUGACUUCUUAGUGAGUGAGCCAUACGCCUCCAAACUGUCUCAAGGUGAGUCUCGCUCAAGACUACCACCCAACUACAACAACAACAACAAGAGAGCCAGUAUUCGUACCCUUAGUUGGUGCCGUGAAACAGUCGAAUGGAUGAGGAGCUCUCUUGGGUUUCAAAUGGCAGGGUGAGAGUGCUGGAGUGCCUGGCGCCGUGGCUGUGCAUUAGCGCAGCUCGCCCGGUGGGGUCCGUGGGGUCGGGGGCGGCGCGGCAGCAGCAGCAGCAGCAGCAGGAGGGACAGCAGCAGCAGCAGCCAGGAGAGCCCGGGGCUGGGUGGCUCCGCGACACCAGGACCGCACCCAGCGACCGAACCCGCCCUCACUCGGCGCCCGUGCCGAUCACCACAACCAUGGUCAAAACGUUUCAGGCGUACCUCCCCUCUUGCCACCGGACGUACUCGUGCAUACACUGCCGAGCACACUUGGCCAACCAUGACGAACUUAUAUCCAAGUCAUUUCAGGGCAGUCAAGGCAGAGCAUACCUAUUUAAUUCUGUAGUGAAUGUAGGAUGUGGGCCUGCGGAGGAACGGGUACUGUUAACCGGCCUCCAUGCAGUAGCAGAUAUAUACUGUGAAUGUUGUAAAACAACACUAGGUUGGAAAUACGAACAUGCAUUUGAAUCAAGUCAGAAGUACAAGGAGGGGAAAUACAUCAUCGAACUGGCACAUAUGAUCAAAGAUAAUGGGUGGGACUGAGAGUGGGCCCCCUGUGGGCACAAGAUCCUUGGUGUGCAGCUGUGACCAAGCAGUGAUUUCCAGCCUAAUGCUCUGGUCUCCUAAGGCCCCUGCUUACUCAUGAUGUGCCCUAGGAUGUUGAUGGAGACCACAGGCUGGACCAAUGAAUUAUAUAUUACUGCUUCCCUAUAUGUCUUAGGUUGGCCAGCUGUGCACAACUUACUCUUGAGCAGUGAUCUCAGCCAGUAAAUGAUGCCAGGGUGUGCUGCAGUGAACUUUUAUGAUCAGGGAAAUUAUUACAAGUGCAAUGCACAGAAAAUCUUGACCUACAGUGAUUAUAGGCAAUUGAUUUAGCUUAUUUGAAAAUUACACUUCCUUGGAUGCCAAAAAGUGCGAAACUUAUACAAGCAGAUGUGAUAAGUGACAUAUAAUGUAAAGGUGAACACAAGAGCAGCACACCCUGAUAGUACCUGGCCAUCAUCACCAGCAUCACAAUCAUCCUACUUUCACAUCAUCUUUUGACUGUCCCAACAAGCCAGUCACGAGUCGGUCAGCCAGCUAGCUCUCGUCCAGUCUCAUGGCCUGUCUGUGAUGGGCUUUGCCCACAAGCAAAUUUCAAUUUGUUGUGUAGUAAAUGUAAAACUAACCAUCCCACCCAGCCAGUUGCAAGCCAGUUAGACAGAUUGUUGUAUUAGGUCUUUCUUCUGGUGAACAGUUAAAAUGUUUUAAUAAUGUAUUGUCUACCAUCAUAUGCAAAGGGACCAUAGUGUGAAUUAAUCUGCUGCAGCAGGUUUAUUCGGACACAGAGUGUACAGCAUUGCCCAGAGCUCAGUUAUGACAGACACUAUUGCUGCAGUGUGCUUUCCAUGUGUAAUUAUUUGACCAACUGGGUACAAGAGGACACCCAAUAUCCCAUAUCUUGGAAAAAUAAGGACCAUUUGUCAUAAAAAGGAACAUUGUGCUGGAAAACAGCUUUUAAAAAAUGGUAGAGGCUUUAUUCAUUUUACAGAGCACACAAUUUGAUCAUAUAAUGAAUUGUCUUGUCCAUAUUGUGUUAGGACAGGUCACGUGCAGAAUAAUGAUAGUGUUCCCACUGUGAUCUUUUGCAUCUUGGAAGCCUGAGAAAUACAGGCAACCUGUGAUGAUGUGUCUUACUCAUUGCCACACUGUGUGAUUGGACAAUAUUGUAGCUGAUUUUAACUUGAUUUGUACUGUGUAUUACAUUCUAAAAUUUGAUGUUCCCAACAACUGGACAAGUUAGUUGACUUACUGCUUGCAUUUUUAUUCCUCUGCAUCUUAUCGAUUUCCAUGAAAUUGGCAAGAUGAAAUAAUUAUUUAAAUAUAUUCAUAAAAAAGAAGAAAUUGCAGUUUAUCAGUUGCAUUCAGCAUGAUUGACACUUAGUACAGUAUCUGGAAUGUCAGCAGUACUUCAAACCAUUAAUGUUCUCAUUUAGAGCUGAGAGGAUCUAGCAUUAUUGUUAUUUUUUUAUGAUAAUAUUAGCCAAUAUUCAUUAAUGAUAUGGUUUUGUCAAAGCUUGUAUAACAUAGCUCAAGAGCAACUUGAUAUGAAAUUAAAUUUUACUUUAAGUGUAUCACAAAAAUUAUGUCACGGUCCAUAGGCAACGUAUAAAAAAAAAAACGAGUUGGUCUUAGAGGAGGAGAACAUGUCUGUUGUUAAAAGUCAAUUGAAUAUCAUUCUUCAUUGAGUAGGUCUGCUUGGCUGCUUUUUGGCUUGAUGGUGGAACACUGAACAUAGCUUUAAUCAUCUGUAGUUAAGACUUCAACCAAGUACCUAUUGGCUAGCCUUAUCACAUUCAUUAAAUGACAUAAAUCGGUUUAUAUAGCAUGUUGAUGUAUAUUGCCAUAAAGUAUUUGGGAUAGAUUUCCCAUGCUAGUUGUGGGAAUAAGAAGAUAGUCAAUGCUUUUCCGUUGAGAAUGGUGGGUUAUCUGCAGAGGGAAGCUCUUUGCAGGGUAGUUGGUCUGGAUUGUGCAAUUAUAAAGGAAUCUGGGAUACCAGUCACUGCAUGUGGGGAUUUAAAACUUCAAUGGUUUGGUUCAUGUCUCUAUGCUCAGGUAGAUAGAGAAGCACCCUUGACUUGUACUACUUAAUUCUUAGUUAUGGAGUAUUAUAUUUGAUUCACUGACUAGAAAAAAACUUUUUUUCUAAACUCAUAAAUUUAUCUUCAGUUUUGUCAAGUUAUCUGUGUGUGUAUAACUGGCAUCUGUGCCUACUUUAACUAUCUCCACUAUGUCAGCAUAUUCAUCUUUGUCUUAGUUGCUCAUGGCACCAAACAACUUUCUGUAAAUUUUUGAAGUAUGUCUUUCACUUGAAUGAUGACUUCUUCCCCAAGCUUACUGAUAUUCAACCUUAAUAAGGAAGAAGGUUAAUCAUUGUUAUGUGUAAUUACACUUUUCUUCAAUCUGUAUUUUCAUACAGAUUUUUUUUUUCAUCGGUCAUUAUAUGCUGUACGCUCGCAUUUUUUCUACUUCUCAGUAGUAGGAAUUAUAUUAGAGAUUUUUUGCUCAUUUCUUUUGCAAAUAAAAAAAAAAAUACCUCUACUUCAGCUACAUCUGAUUUAUCAGUAUGUCAACAUCUAAUUUUACUAGUCUUUUAUAUAUUUUGCCUUGAGUCAUUUUCUUUUAAGUUGCAGUUAAAUUAUUAUAAAUUGCUUUUCCAGCCAGCACACGUUCUUUCAGUAUGUGCUACCUUGGUACAUACACAGUUCCACAUUUCAUUAAAUGUAUGCAAAUGGUCAUAAUUGUGUGAAGAGAUAUUUACUAAAGAGAGAUCCCCACAAGGUGGUCCUAUAUUUUUACAUGGCAUUCUAGUCUUUCAUUCUAACCAAUAGCUCGAAAAGUGUGCAUGUCUCUGCCUUGUGUUAUAUUACAGUACUAGCUGUUUGUAUCAUGGUUCAUGAGAUCUAAAAAAGUGGAUGGCGAAAGGCAAAAUGAUCUGUCUGCUGUGAUAAUGUUGAGAGUUGUGUAUCUUUUUAACCAUAGGACUUGUAAAGGUAUUAUUCUUUGAUGUGAUGACAUCUAGUGAUGGUGCAGGGUCAGUUACUAUUGAAGGGCAUUCAAAUAGAUCACACUCCUUAAAGAAAGAUAUAUUGAAACGUCUGGAUAGUGAGAUCUUAUCAGUUAGUCCAUUUAUGGGUCCAUCUGGUUUGAUUUGCCUUUCGUCAAACGAGAAACCACUGAUUGUGCAGGAAACUUUGGCUGUUGUAGCGCUUUUGUGAUUGACAUUAUUGUAGAGGAGCUUGGAAACAUUCACAUAGGUUAGUUUCCUUUCAAUGUUGUAUUUCAUAGUAACCAUCAUGACACUGGUAACUGCUUUUAUUUUAGAUUAUUCAUAAACAGGAUGUUAUUUCCUGUUAUUGAGAGAAAGAUUGUAACAUGUAGAGUCUACAUGUACUGGCAAAUGUAAUUAAUGUAUGGUUCAGCAUCAUUUCCUUUUUUCUUCUUCUUUUUUCUUUUUCUUUUUUUUUUUUCUUUUUUUUUACAGCUUGCUUCAAUACCCUCUUGAUAUAUAGGGUAUUCUCUCAGUCUCCAAUCACUGGUUACUAUGCUCAUGUUGUUGAUGAAUGGAACACAAGUAUUUAGGACCACAGUACAUUUAUAUUCUGUCCAAAGUGAGAGGGGUCCAUGUGCAGUGUUUGUCACUUUUAUACUAAGCCAGUUAUACUUCAGCAUCAUAACUGACUUUCAUUUACUCAUUAUGUAUAACAUGCUCAUAUAUAGUAUCUUUUCAAGAAACAUACUGUCACAUCAGAUCUAAAAUAUUCUAUUAUAUAUUCCUUCUUCAUGUAUUUGUUGUAGAAGUUCGGAUGAAAAAGUAGCAUUGAAAGUGUCUCAAACACUUACUGUUUUCUAAUUCUGCUGGUACAGACUCCUCCCCUCCCACUGAGCUAAUUUUGUGCUGUGUCAUAGAGCAGAGAUGGUCAUGUAUUGUUCCAAGAUAUUUUAAUUUAGUUCCAUUAGCUGGAAAUUGAAUCAAAACCUCCAAUGUUGCCUUGAUGGAAGGACUUGUUGGCCUUCAAGCAGCUUUGUGCUGUGAAUGACUUACCUGGGAACUCUUGCCCAAUUCAAAGGAUGUGACCCAAUACCCACAGGCUUCUUGGUUCCUGCUUCCUGUCUUGGUAACUUAUGAAAAUAAUUUUUGUAAUGGCAUAGAACAGAAAUAUUGCCCACCUUUGCUCAUAGCUCAUAAGAUAUUAGUGUCAAUGAUGGUGUAUUUGGUGAUUUGCAGUAUCAAUGUAGUUAUUUCAUAUGUAUAUAGAUCAUUUUUUACAACCAAGGACAACAUACUUUGUUUGGAAACAUUUUUAUUUCCAACAUGUGGAUUCAAAUGGGAUGCGAUCAGCAAAUACACUACUUAUACAACUUUAAAUCAGUUUUCUUUGUUUGUUUUCAGAAGAUGAAGUGAAGGAAUAAGAUGCAUUAGGAAAAUAAAUAAUGAUUAUGAAAAAGUAAAAUAUUUGUAAUUGCUGGUCCUUUCACAAAUUGUAUCUCGUAGCAUUGUAGAGCUUGCUGUCUUCAGUAAAUCUGGAUACAUUAAUUAUUUUAAAGUCAGUGAUAGUAGGAUAACUUUAUCAAAUAGGGGUGUGUGUGUGUGUGUGUGUGUGUGUGUGUGUGUGUGUGUGUGUGUGUGUGUGUGUGUGUGUGUGUGUGUGUGUGU